AACGUCUUGUAGCCUGCCCUUCCUAUGCAGCUCUCCCGCCGCUUGCACUCUGCACUCUUCAGCCCAGCCUAGCCACGUGCGGACAUGAGAUGAGCGGACCACUCCUGUACAUCCUGCAUCAAACGUUAUCUUCACUCAUCAGACCAUGGCCGUCGUUCUGUAAUAACCUGUCCUUCCAACUCGUUACCUUUUUCCGCCUUGUCUUUCUUUAUCUGUUGCCCCAUCCCCUCAUCUCAAAAUCGAACCCUGCAUGCACGGUAUCAGCAUCUAUACCCAGAACUUCUUCAUUCGGCCCGCAUUCUUGUGCUGCGCCGCACCGUCGGGCUUACAUCGCCUCUUGAAUUCAACAUCCCAUUUCACUGCCGUGAUCUCGACUCUGCCACAAUCCACUACUCAUGCCAUGCUCAAGCCUGAUUGCACUGCUACUGCCUAUCCGUAAUGCUGGACUUUGACCCGCCUGAGCCCAUCACUGACGACCAGGUAUCCGGUGAGGAGAAGCUAUACAGAGUGACAAAGUUGAUCAAAGAGCUCCGUGAUGACUUUGUCCACGUCAAUCUUCUCCCAUUCGAACGCAAUGCCCAUAUGGAACAGCUGAAAGUGUUUGGUCGGAAUCCCAAGAAUGCGGAGCCAAUAUUCACCCCUUCCGGGAUUGAGAUUAUAACACACCAUGCUUUCCACAGCACUUCUCCCACAACCUCGAAAGCUGCCCUGCAAUGUCUGGCAAACGCUCUCCUCGCCGAACCCAUCACGCGGCAGUAUUUUGUCGACCUAGGCUACAGCGAGAGAGCGGUGCGCCGACUGAAGAAGCCUCAAAAAGACGAUGAGUUCCUCAUGUCGAGGAUCCUAUUCCUCACAUCCUACGGCACCACCCAACGCUUCGACAUACUAAUUGACAAAUUCCAUCUUGCUGACCACAUGAGCAAUAACCUCGAACGCCACGCCAAGAAUAAGUUCAUCUCCCGCCACGACGACGAAGCCCUCAACGAGACGCUCAAGCUCGUCUUCAACAUCGCCCACUUCUGUCCCUCGCACGCAUCCGCCUUCACCCCAGCUCUCCCAUCCAUCAUCAAGAUCCUCACUCGCCGACCCCUCCAAUCGCCCCCUCUCUCCGCGCCCACAAACCUCCUCAUCACCUGCCUCCUAACCAUUCCCCUCCCCAAAAAACCCCUAUCCACAUCCACCCUGACGCCCUGCGCGAAACACCUUCUCACCAUCCUCGACGCCUCCCUCGCCGUCUCCCCAGACCACGACCUCGACGCCACCGUCACCCCCCUCGUCACCCUCCUCCAACGCCUCGCCACACACUCCCCAACGUUCGCCGCAUCCCUCAAACCCACCCUCCUCCCACCGAACCCCAAAUCCCAAGCUUCCGCAAAUAUCAACCUCCACGCCCGUCUCUCCGCCCUCCUCGACACCCCGUCCCGGUCCCGCCCCCUCGCCGACGCCAUCGUCCUCCUCUUCCACUUCCUCGCUCCCGCUACCACCACUACCACCACCACCACCGCCAUCGUUCCGCCCCGCCACUCCUCUUCCUCCUCGACCUCCUCCGCUCAUUCCCAAACACAUCCCCCCAGCUCCCCAUCCGACCGCCCCGCUCGCACAAGCACCACCUCCAUCUCCACCGCAACACACACCCACGGCUCCGCCUCCGUCUCCUCGACGAACUCCGCCCGCGCCAUCCUGCCAGCCCCCGCAGAACGCGCAGCAGCAGUGCCAAAGCCCAAGCCAGACCCCGCGCGCGUCAUGGUGCUGUUUGACAGGUGUGUAGCUUAUAAUUCCCUAUAACGCGUUCCCUGCGCCUUGGGUGUUGUAACAUUUUGCUGACUGUGGGUUGUUGUGGUUGUAGGUUGCGCGUGACGCAUAUCUCCGACGCGGCAGAUCCGCGGGUGCGGGAUAUGGUUGUGGAGCUUGAAUGAAUGAAUGGAUGGAUGGAAUGUGAUGGAAUGUGAUGAAAUGAGAUGAAAUGAAUGAUGAUAGUCUAUA